AGUGCCAAAAUGUCCGUAGAAACGAUCUAUACAUCGGCCGCCUGUAAUCGUACGCCGGAUUCGUUGGAUUGGGGUUCGGAUGGUUUGAUUUACUUCGCCGCUAACAACGCAAUUGCCGUGUUUGAUCCGAAGUAUCACGGUUCGGUAAAAAUCAUUCGUACACUUGUCGGGCACAAAGCAAGGGUAAACACGGUCCGAGUAGUACGGGAUGCCGACGAAUGUCACGGUGGUAUUCAUCUCGUUUCCGGAUCGGAUGAUGGAACAUGCAUACUGUGGAACACCAAGAAGGACUGUGCCGAAGCAGAUCCGGUUCGAUUCGUUCUGAAAGGACAUUCGAAGGGUGUGACGGUGGUUGAUGCUUUCGUUGAAGCAACGAAAAACCUGAUCGUAGCAACCGGAUCAGUUGAUAGUUCCAUCAAGUUGUGGCAUUUGGCGAAUGCAACCUCCUUCGAAUGCUUUCAAACGAUCGACUUACGAUCGGGACUUACGUUUUCCAUGAAGUUACUCAACUUGGCACGAUCUAACGCUACCAUGCUUGCGUACGCGACUGAUACGGAUGUUGUUAAUUUGUGUGUCCGUCAGGGAGGGAACGAUUGCCAAACGAACUUUGUUCAAGUUGAACAACUGAAAGGACACUUUGACUGGGUACGCGGGUUGGAUUGCGUUCAGCUGCCGGAUAGUGAGGACCAUCUGUUGGCCACUUCAUCUCAGGAUACAUUCAUUCGUUUGUGGCGCAUCUCACCCAGAGGGUCGCUACAGAAACAAAAAGAUUUCGAAGAAAUCCGUCACGAUGAGGAUAUAACGAUCGAGGAACGUACGUUUACUAUUCGUACGGUGGAUGGUGUUGAAUAUCAUUAUGCAUUGUCGCUGGAAUCCGUACUGCAGGGUCAUGAAGGAUGGGUGUAUGGAGUGCACUUUUCAUUUCACGACAGCAAACUUCACCUACUGUCGAGCUCAAUCGACAAAAGCCUUAUCGCUUGGACACCGUCGGAGAGCGGAAUUUGGGUGGAAAGUGUACGGGUGGGUGAGGUGGGUGGUUCUUCGCUUGGAUUUUAUGGAGGGAAAUUUUCACCCAACGGAAGGUCCAUCAUCGGACACGGGUUUCAGGGUAGCUUUCAUCUGUGGCACGAAGAUGACGAUCAACGCGGACUGUGGAAUCCGGGAACCAUUUUGGGUGGUCACUUUGGCGGCGUGAGAGAUCUUGUCUGGGAUCCUGCCGGUGGAAGGUACGUGAUGACUCUGUCCGCCGAUCAAACUACCCGCAUUCAUGCACCGUGGAUCAGAAAGGGUGAGGUAACGUGGCACGAGAUUGGCCGGCCUCAGGUGCAUGGGUACGACAUGCAAUGCUUGACGCUGCUUUCGCGCUAUCGUUUGGCCAGUGCGGCAGAGGAGAAGAUCGUACGAAUCUUUCAAGCUCCGUCGAACUUUGUGCAAAACUUUAGAGCACUUUGUGGUGUUGCGAACGAUCCGGAAGGUGAUGCAGUUCUCAAAAGUAACCCUAUGGGAGCUUCAGUCCCCUCCUUGGGACUGUCCAACAAGGCGGUAUUUGAAGUUGAACAAGCCGAAGCCGAUACGCGACACAUCAAGGACAUGUACCCGGAACAUUACUUCACCCCAAUCGCACUAGAAUCCCCACCGGCAGAAGAAACGCUGAUGCAAAACACACUAUGGCCCGAAAUUCAAAAACUUUACGGACACGGUAAUGAACUGUACGCGAUCGCAUCCUCACCCGACGGAAGUCUCAUUGCAUCCGGAUGCCGUGCAACGUCGACCGAGCAGGCACAAAUUCUACUCUGGGACACAACAACGUGGCGCGUACUGCAAUAUCUUACCGCACAUCAGCUAACAGUAACACAGCUCGCUUUCUCACCAAACGGUCUAUACCUGCUGGCAGUGUCACGCGAUCGGACGUUUUCCGUCUUUCACCGCAAAGAACCGAACGGUUCGUUCGAGCUGAUUAUGCGUUCGGACAAAACGAAAGGUGUGCAUACGCGUAUUAUCUGGUGCUGUGACUGGUCGCAUGAUUCGGAACUUUUUGCAACGGGAUCACGAGAUGGGAAGGUGGUUGCAUGGGUUGCAGCAGAAAAUGGGGAACUUGAUUCAGCGGUACCAUUUGUACAACGGUCAGUUUUGGAGCUCAAAAAUGAAUCAAUCACAGCGGUAGCGUUCGGCAGAAAGAAGCUUCCGGAUGAUCGGUACCUGGUAGCGGUUGGUUUGGAGAGUGGUGUGAUUAAAUUGUACGGUUUGGGCCAGUGGGAUCUGCUGUUCACCAUUACGGAAGCCAAUGCCCAUCACAUGACGGUUAAACGCUUAUCAUUCCGACCACACGAAGAGAGCUACCAGCUGGCAAGCUGCGGUGAGGAUGGAUUCGUUCGGGUGUAUAAGUUAAAGUUGUACUAG